UAGAUGUGUAAAGUGUACACAGUACAAGAGUGGUGAGCUGAGCUCGGCACUCGGCAGCCUUCCUUCCGCCUGUAUGCACUUCCCCCACCCUCUCCCUCUCUCGCUCCAGCCGGCUAGCCGCAGCGUUAGUCCGGUACAUAAAAUGAAGCGACCACAAGCGUUACGGGAAGCUGCUGUGUGGCUCUUUGGAUUCUGCUGAUGAAUGACGAGACGCUUUUGUUUUCGUAAGAUCUCUGUCAAAGAGGUCAAAGUCAUCUUGGGGGAUGGAAGAGCAGAAAUCAAACUGCGACGAAAGCGACUCUGAGGCAACAGCUGAUGAUAACGCUCCUGCUAAGCAACUUGUCACUUUGGAAGGAGAGUCCCAAGCUCUUCCUGCUGCUGCUGAUGUGUCCGGGCCUACUGUCACAAGUACACCUAUAGAGCGGGUGAGGGCUUGUGCUCUUUGCAACUGUGUGGAGCGCAGUCUUCAUGGACAACGGGAACUCAGACACUUGGAAUCAACUUCAGAACUACCAACCCUCCAGCCAUCAGCUUCUCCCCUGCCACAACCUGGAAAUGAUGAGUUGUCUUCCAUUGGAUUUUUGGACACCCCCUGUCUGGCAUCACUAUUUGAUGACUCAGGGGGUUGCUGGGUUCAUCACUGGUGUGCGGUGUGGUCAGAAGGAGUGCGACAAAUGGAUGACAAUGGGUUGGAGAACGUGGACAAGGCUGUUAUCUCAGGGACCCGGCGGCUUUGUGAAUACUGCAAAAGGCUGGGUGCAACCAUUCGAUGCCAUGCUGAGGGCUGUUCAACCUUUUACCACUUCCCUUGUGCUGCAGCGAGUGGAUCCUUCCAAUCCAUGAAGCAGUUGGCCCUUCUCUGUCCACAGCACAUUGACAAAGCAGAGGAGCUAGCAGGGGAAGACUCUUGGUGUGCAGUGUGUGACUCAGCAGGGGAACUCACCGACUUGCUGUUCUGUACGGGUUGUGGCCUACAUUACCACGCGGCCUGUUUAGAAAUCGGGGCCACGCCCAUCCAGCGGGCAGGAUGGCAAUGCCCAGAGUGUAAAGUGUGCCAGACUUGCAGACAACCGGGUGAAGACUCCAAAAUGUUAGUAUGUGACGCCUGUGAUAAGGGCUACCACACCUUCUGUCUGCAGCCAGCCAUGGAUUCUCUUCCGACUGAUCUGUGGAAAUGCAGAAGGUGUCGUGUAUGUGUGGAGUGUGGCGUUCGCGGACUCGUCUUGUCAGGCUCGGCUCAGUGGUUCGACAACUAUGCCAUGUGUGAGGCCUGCCAGCGUCAGCGUAGCUCCUUGUGCGGCGUAUGCGGAAAAGCACCGCACCCAUCUGUGGCUCUUCAAUGUUGCACGAUGUGCCAUAGGUGGGUGCACAAAGAGUGCAUGCUCCCAGAAGUCAAAAGCAUUUGCCUGCUUUGUAAGGAGGAUCGACAUCAACAAAAGCGUCUCACUGAAGCAUACACAGCAGAGACGCAGACCGCAGAGGUGGCGGAUGAGACCGAAGGGCAGAUAGGGUUGGUGGAGAUGACAAUCCAAACAGAGGCCGAAAUAACGACUCAAGACCAGACAGACGGGUUAAAAGUUCAGGGAGGCACAUCAGAGACUGGGUUGGCAGAAGCCCCGGCUGAAGAAGUGACACCCAUGGACCUAGGUGCGGAGGCGUCCGUUGUUGAGACAACUGAUGUAGGUGACAAAAUCUCGAGGGAAGAGCUGAAGAUAGAAAAAGAAGAGUGUGAGCGAGCUGCUGUGGCAUUUGAGUCUCCAGCUGGAAACUGCUCGACCAAACCGACUGGUUCAUCUGCUGAUGAAACGAGAGCAGAACAGGGAGUCAAUCAAAUGAUCCGACCUGUCUCACAGGAUUCUACUGUUGAGGAACAAUCUCAAAACACUAAAGUAGAAUCUACAACGGGGGACCCCGAAAAUAUGGAAGUGGAGAAGCUGGAACCUCUUCCUUCCGUGGAGAAGCCUCUUUCAGCAGCAUUAAGCGGGGCUGGUUCUGGUGGUAUUCAAAGUGCAGAAUCAUUCAGUAAAACAUCAGAAUGGUUGCCCUCUCUAGCACCUGUGACAAAAGCGGAGCAUGUAUCCCUUUCUGAUGAGCGGGAUACAAAUCCACGCCAGGUGCACAAGUCGUCCUUUCAUCGUUUACCACCCGACACACGAGACGAACUGUCCGUCAACAUGAACGAGAGGCUACUACCUCACUCUGAGGAGGAGGAUGAAGAAGAUGACGAUGAGCAAAUGAGGAGAGAAGGACACGAUGAUGACGUAAAGGAGGAGCCACAGGAGCAUGAAGUUAAGGAGCCGGUAUUGCUGCUAGAUGAGUUGUCCAAUAUGAGUCACGGAGAUGAGAGUAGCAGUGGCUUCCUGGGCUCUCCUGGAGAUGUUGAUCCUCACCUCUCCAUGGAACUCGGCCGCUCAGAAACCGAUGAUUCGCUUCCUUUUGAACCUCUAGGAAUUCACACAGAAAAAGUGAAGCGCAGGGGAUCACCUGGGCGCUCAAGGGUCAAACAGGGUCGAAGCAAUAGCUUCCCUGGGAAGCGCAGACCUCGAGGAGGUGGUGGUGGGAGAGGGCGUGGUGGGAGGUCUCGCCUCAAAGCCAUGGCCUCUUGCAUUGAUGCCUUCUUGCUAAGCAUGACUGCAGACUCUGCUAUAAGUAAAGAGGAGGAUGAUGAGGAAGAUGAUACUAUGCAAAAUACAGUGGUUCUUUUUUCAAACACUGACAAAUUUGUUUUGCUCCAGGAUAUGUGUGUUGUCUGUGGCAGCUUUGGAAAGGGUGCUGAGGGACAGUUAUUGGCUUGUGCUCAGUGUGCUCAAUGUUACCAUCCUUACUGUGUGAACAGCAAAAUCACAAAGACGAUGCUGCGCAAGGGUUGGCGCUGUUUAGAAUGUAUUGUAUGUGAAGUCUGUGGGAAGGCUUCAGAUCCUUCCCGUCUGCUGCUGUGCGAUGACUGCGAUGUCAGCUAUCACACGUACUGCUUGGACCCGCCCCUGCACACAGUGCCCAAGGGAGGUUGGAAAUGCAAAUGGUGUGUGUGCUGUGUACAAUGCGGUUCUAACUCGCCAGGUUUUCACUGUGAGUGGCAGAAUAACUACACUCACUGUGGCCCCUGUGCCAGCCUUGUCACCUGUCCAGUAUGCAGAGAGAACUUCAUGGAGGAGGAGCUGCUCCUUCAGUGUCAGCACUGUGAUCGAUGGGUGCAUGCUGUUUGUGAGAGUUUAUAUACAGAGGAUGAAGUGGAACAAGCAUCUGAUGAGGGCUUUGCAUGUACAUCAUGUAGCCCCUAUGUGCCCAAACCUGUCGUUGAGUCAGCCAUUAUGGCUUCAAUAAGGAUCAAGGAGCCAGAGCCACAAUUCUACCGGUUAGAAGGUGUGUGGCUGACAGAAUCAGGCAUGUCCCUACUGCGAACCAUCUCCAUGUCUCCCUUGCUCAAGAGACGCCAGCGUCGCUCUCGCCUUGGUGCCCUGUGUUGUGAAGGAGGCCCUGAUGGAAUGGAUGUGAGGGAGGAAGGGGAAGGGGAAGAAGGAAAAGCUUGCGGGGAGUCUAUGGAUUGCGAUGCUAAAAUGGAGAACCCUGGAAGCCCUGACCGAGAAGGUGGUGUUGAUGGAGGCACAGAUGGCAUGGCUGAAUGUGAUGUUCUCAAAGGAGGUGCAGACGAUAUGGAGGAUGGUAAAAAAAGAAAACGGAAACCUUACAGGCCUGGAAUUGGAGGAUUCAUGGUGCGACAAAGGAAGUGUCACACACGGUUAAAGAAAGAGUUUUUUGCCCAGCUGGCUGGAGAGACUACUUUAGAUGGACAUCCAAUAGAGAGAACCAUCGAAGAAGGGCCCCAUCCUGACACAGAUAACAUAAUGGAUCCUAAACCAUUAGAUGGUGAGGAACAGGCCAAGAAACGUAGAGGCAGAAAGAAGAGCAAGCUUGAAGACAUGUUUCCAGCAUAUCUCCAGGAAGCUUUUUUUGGAAAGACGCUUAUAGACCUGAGUAAGAAGGCUGUCAUAAGCCCUGGGCAGAGGCCAGCGACAUGCAUUCUUCAGCAGUCAUUACCAGCACCAUCAGCAGUAAAAACUUCACCAGAAACUGAGGCCAACGAUCGUAUGGUGCAUCAUCUCAAGCAAGAGGGGAGUGAGGCCCCCCAGGCUCAGGGAGAAGGUGCAGGAGUUUCUGCACCAUCCUCAACACUGAAGGACCUAGGGUCAACGGAUCCUCAUGACGUAGAUGCUGAAAAAACUGAAGGUCUUCCGCAAGGAGUAGAGAAUCAGGAUUCGGAACAGUUUUUCAGGAAGGUUCUAGGAGUGUCUGAAGGCUCCAGUUUGGAAGGAAUGAAGCCCAUCUCGGAGGGCAACAAGGGAGAACUCACUUGUAGCACACUGCCACAAAGCGCUCUCCUCUCAGGGUCUCUGCCCUCAGCUGGAGUGAUGGAUGCAUUUCCUGCCCUUUCUCAGUCACCGUUCUUUGACAUGCGGGACAAAGGAGGGCUGUUCAGUCCAAAUGGUGGUGAAGAGAGUCCAUGGGCUACUCCCUCUACACCAGUGACACCUUCCUCCCCUCCAACCCCCACGGAGGCAGAAGGCGAUGGAUUGUCUUACAACCAGCGUAGUCUCCAGCGAUGGGAGAAAGACGAGGAGCUGGGAGAACUAUCAACUAUUUCUCCUGUGCUUUAUGCCAACAGCAACUUUCCGACUCUCAAGCAGGACUACCCAGACUGGGCAAGUCGCUGUAAGCAAAUCAUGAAGAUCUGGAGAAAAGUGUCAGCCGCUGACAAGGUUCCUUAUUUGCAAAAGGCCAAAGACAACCGAGCGGCUCAGCGGAUCAACAAGGCACAGAAGCAGGCAGAGAGUCAGGUGUGCAGGCCGCUUAAGACUGAGCCACUGCGUAUGAAGGGGGAAAGGCCCAGUUUGCACCUCCAGAUCCCCCCGCCUUCCGGACCAACGUCCAUCUCCUCCCAACCAAGCUCGGCAGAAAGCCAGUUUCCUUUCCCCCCAGAUUCAGGAUCUUCCUCUGUCUUUUUCUCAGAUGGUCUUUCAAAGACUCCAGGAUCAGCUGAAAUCCGUACAGAUCCUUUUGCCAAGCUUCCCCCUCAAUCGCCCCACUCCCACCCACCAACUCCUUUAUCCUAUUCUGGGGCAAGCCCCAUUCAGGCCCCCUCCUCAGGUUAUUCUGCUUCCGGCCCACAGGGUCCUCCUCAGGGACGGCCAGCUAGUCUUGGCCCCUUUGACAUGCAACCAGGGACUUCAGCAACCCCCAGACGGGCUCAGCAAGUCGAUCCCUAUUUCAGAUCACAGUUACAGCAGCAACAGGGUCAUUUAUCACAAUCUCAGCAAGGUUCUCAAGAAUCCCUUACACCUCUACAAAGUCCUCAUUCAAGAAGUGCCGGGAUUGGGAUUGAGUCACCCAUUUUCUCACCACCCCAUAACACGCACUAUGGAGACCCUCAAAGAAUUAUCCAGACGGAAUACAGUUCAUCUCCAAUACCCUCAGUUGCAUCGUCACCGGCCAGCCAGUACAGGGCAGAUAUGAGUGCACCAUCUCCUCGCUCCACACCUGUCGGAAGACCUGACUUUGCCGUUAGUUCUCCUGCUGGUAUGCUGGAGUCUGGAGAUGGGUUGUUUAAGGCACCGAUGACCCCACGGUUACACCAAGGAGAUGGUGGAGCACUUCAUCCUGGAGCCUCUCCUAACCACCCGUCUGAAGGAUACAGGCAGUCUCCUUCGCACACUUUAUCUGAGCAACACAUUCAGUCUCCGCUCACUCCCAAGUUGCAGUCAGGAGACAGUUGUUCUCUCGGAACUCAGAGACACCCUGUAACUCAACAGGAAUUGAGUUCGAGAAUUCCCUCUAGCCCGCAAUCCCAAGGCAGUUGUCAGUCUCCUCACACCCCUGGGGGGCUCUCCAAUGAUGCUUACUCUGCACAGUCUCCUGUCACUCCACGUUUUCAAUCCCCAGAGCACUGCUCUCAGCCACCUUCAAGGCCACAAUCCAGAGACCCAUUCAUGACAAUCCACAAACCACCUCGCCCCACAUCUGCUGCACCUGAUGGAAGUAGUAGUUUCAAAAACUCACCUAAUCCAAAUCAAUCACCUCAACUGCAUUCCAGCGGAAGUCCCAUUGGGGAUCCUCUUUCUUGCAAACCUUCUGCUCCACCUCCUCCAUUUAGUCCUAGUGCAGGAACCAUUCAGGUACCCCAACAGCAGGCGCCUGGUCAGUCGCAGCAACCUCAGCCGCAAAUACAGCAGACUACUGUUUCAGACAACUAUAGCUCUAGACUGGUCUCUCCUUCUGGAGCUCAAGAACUGACGGCUGUUCGCCCACACGAUACCCCUCAUCCACCAUCCUUUCAGGGCACUCAAGAAAUGCCAGAUGUGUCAACUGUGCAAGACCCUUCACUAGUUGGCUUAAGUCCCUCUGAACUGGAGAAGCACAGACAGCGGCAGAGAUUGAGAGAAUUUCUAAUCAGACAACAAAUGCAACGGAACACUAUGAGACAAGAAAAAGAGGCGGCUGCUGCUGCAGCUGCAGGCAAUGCAUCUCCUGGAUGGCCUGGAGGAGAGAUGGGUUCAUUUCAACAAGACAAGAGCCAUAGGGCACCACCACCUUAUCCGCAGGAUCGUGUUGCUGUCACAACUGCUGGUGCUCAGGUGUCCAAUAUGGGAAAAUUCCCUGUAAAUGCCAGUGCUAUUGGAGACAAGCUAAUUGGCCCCCCGGCCGCAGGAACCCCUACUAUCAUGGAUCCAAGUACACUCAGGCCACCAGGAUCCACCAAGCCUCAGGGUGUAUUUCCUCGUCCACCGUUCCCAGCUCAAUGGCAUGCUCCAGGACCAAGGAGAUUUCCCCACCCUGGCAUGGAGGCUAUGUCCAUAAGGCACAAUCUCACUUCUCCUGUCAACAUCCAGGGUAUGGAAGGUGUCGGGCACUCUCAUCCCAUGCUACCAGGGCAUGCAGCGGAAAAUAUGCAGCCAAUAGGCCAAGGACCCCCACCGCAGUUUAUUGAAUUAAGACACAACUCACAGAAGCUACCACUUCGACCCCAGUUUAUGCCUCGUGGACCUCAGCCAAGACAGCGUCUCUUUGUUCCACAAGAGAUGCCAGCACCUUAUGUUCAGCAGCAUCCCAUUGUGCAUGCUGGUGCUAUUCCGUCAGAUGGAGGCAUUGACUCUCAGUUGGGAUUACAGGAGAAUGAACUGUCAGUGUUAUUACCACAGCAGCCUGCACUGCCUGGAAACCAGCAGCCUCAGGUAGGAGUGUCAACUCCCGACACUCCUGUUGCCGGACUGCGUCAGCUUUCACAAUCCAAUCUAGUCACAGAACAACACCAAGCUGCUGUGGUACCACAAAAUGAGACACUACCAGAGCCUGAUCUUGAGGCUCUUGGGGAUGCCCCUGGAGAUGGAGGUGUUGAGGAUGAAGAGGAUUUAGCUCUUGACUUAGACCCAGACAAAGGAGAUGAUGAAUUGGGUAACCUCGACAACCUAGAAACUAAUGAUCCACAUCUUGAUGACUUGCUUAAUAGUGAUGAAUUUGACUUGUUGGCUUACACUGACCCUGAACUUGACCAAGGAGACCCCAAGGAUGGUUUUUCAGACCAGCUGCGUUUAGUAGAGGCAGAAAGUGAAACCCCGUCCUCAGCCCCUGGGCCUACAGUCAUUAAAGAGGAAGUAAAACCCAAGUUGGAGUCUGGACUGAAGUCCCUCUCAGCAACACCAAACUCUCCAGGCAGGUCAUCUACUAAUAUACCACCCUCCCCUAACACAGUGGGUAAAUCCAAAGAAAAUGUAGAAACUCUCACCCCUGAGCUUCUCUCAGGACAGGCUGCUGCAAAAGACGAAAUGGUAGAGGCCGUCUCUCUGUUUCUAGGGGGGACCACACCUUCGGCCAUACCUGCACAGCAAGAGCAACAACCAGCUUCCCUCAGUUCUGUUCGUUUAGGGGGACUUCCAUAUCCACUUCAAGACCAGGAUGGUCCCUUGCCAUUCUCUACAACAGCUGCACAUGAAGAUAUCAGCAACGAUGCACUUGGCCUGCCUGAUGUUGGAGGACAGCAUUCUGCUCCUGUAGACCUGGCAAAGGUAGAGAGCUCAUUGGAUGGUGAACUCCCUCUCCUAAUCCAAGAUUUGCUGGAACAUGAGAAGAAAGAGCAGCAGAAGCAACAGCAGCAGCAGCUUGGCUCUCUUCACCAGGAAGGCAUAGCACCUCAUUUCCCCUGCAUUCCAAGUCAACAAUCAAACCCACAGUCACCUGGACCGUUAAUGUUGCCGCAACACCAUCGGCCACCAUCCCAAGCUGUAAUGGCCCAGGCAGGCAUGGUACCCCGUGCUCCACACAUGUUGCAGCAUCAACAAAGGCUUUUGGGACCUGCUAUGGCGCCUUCACCUCACUUGGCCAUGAGCCAGCAACAGGCCAUGGUGAGAAUGGGGCAGCCAGGAAUGCAUGCAGGGAUCCAUCAUCCACCGCAGCAACCUGGGGUGAAACCAUCACCUCUGGCUAACAAUUUCUUCCCAGAUAAAGAUUUAGACAAAUUUGCCACGGAUGACAUAAUGGAUCCCAUUGCCAAGGCAAAGAUGGUAGCUCUUAAGGGUAUCAAAAGGGUGUUAGCGCAGGACCCCAUGGUUGUACCUCCUGGCAUCAACAGGCAGCAGGUUUCCCUGCUAGCUCAGAGACUGUCAUCUGCCUCAGGCACAGAUGCAAGUCCAAUUUCAUCAGGACCACCCAAGGAUGGAGAAACCAGUGAUCCCACCCAGUCCAGACCAACCCCUCCUCAGUUUGUUCAAGGAAUCAUCAAUAAUUCAGAACAGCACCAAUAUGAGGAAUGGCUUGUUCACACUCAGCAGUUACUCCAAAUGCAGUUAAAAUUUUUGGAAGAACAAAUUGGAGUCCAUCGAAAAUCACGCAAGGCACUGUGUGCCAAACAGCGCACUGCAAAGAAAGCUGGCAGAGAAUUUGCCGAGUCAGAUGCUGAGAAACUCAAGUUGGUCACAGAAGAACAGAGCAAAAUUCAGAAACAGCUUGACCAGGUACGAAAACAGCAGAAAGAGCACACCAAUCUCAUUGCGGAGUACAGAAGUAAGCAGCAGCAGCAAGGCCCAGGUCUUCUUACUCCUGGACAUUCUGCACAAGGAACCACACCUCAUAUGUUUCCCAAAAUACCUGGCCAGGUGAUGAUGGGCCAACAUGGAUCUCCAAUCAUUAACCAGCACCCUGGUAUGGUUCCACAAGGUGGAAUGCCUGUCCGGAUGCCACAAGGUCCGCCUUUCAUUGGAAGAGCCCAACCCCAGCUUCCUGUACCUCUUGGAGCCAAUGGUUCGCGGCCACCAUGUCCCCCUGGGGCUGGAUCAGGAUUCUUCCCACAGGGACCACCGGGAAUUCAAGGUGCUGACACAAGGCUUCUCCAGGAAAGACAGCUUCAGCAUAGAAUACACAUGGCAAAGCUCCAGCAGCAACAGCAAGCAAUGAUGGACCAGCAGCAACAACGCACUCAACGGUCGGCUUUAAUAAAUCAGCCACAGCCUGGUUUGAUGGGGAACCCACUUGUCUCGCAGCAACAAGCAAAUCUUCAACAGGAAAUGUUAGCUAGUCAGGUGAAUCAGCAGAGUAUAGUUCAGGUCCCAAAAGUAAUGGGUGCAGGGCAGUCUGUAGCUCUGCCACAACAGAACUUUAGUACUAGCCAGGCACAAGCCAUGGUGGUGUCUCAACCAGGGCUAACUGGGAACCAUCCAGUCUCACAACAACAUCAACAACAGAGGGCUCUGGUCUUAGGUCAGACGGGACCUGUUGCAUCUCCUGGUCAUCCUGUCCUUAGGGGUCCCCAGGUUCCGAUGGUACAGCAACAAAACACUCUGGCACAACGCAUGCUUUCUUCCCAGCAGCAACAGCAGAAUGUCGCAAAGGCUUUUUCUCAACCGCAGCAGCAAACAAUGUCGCAACUAAGGCAACCAACCCCAAUGAUGAUUCAAUCCAGCCAAGAGCAAGGAAAGCUUUCACAACCAUCUACCCCACAAAUAGGCUCAUCCCCUUCGACAGGCAGUACCACACCUCAGCCAUUAGGACCUACAGAUAGUCAAUCAGUAGAAACUAAAGAGGGUGACAUUCGUAGCCCUGAUGCCAGAACGCCACCACAGCGCAGUGGGUCCUCCACUCCCAAUCAUAUAUCCCAGGUAGGCCCUCUGAAUGAUCAGCAAACUGAUUUGGGACGACAGCAACUUAAUCACCAGCACCAAGACCAGGCUUAUAUAAUGCAGCAACAACCAUCACUUCCCGAUCAACAAACCAGUCUAGCUGCGAAUCAACAAACUGGUGUGGUUCAGCAACAGCCGCAACAAGUGCCAUCUGCUCUACAGAGGCAAGAUUCGGAUGGUGUUGACAAGCCGACUUUGAUAGUUAAAGAAGAAGGCAAAUCUACGGAUUUCUUAGCCCAGCAGCAACAACAACGGAUACAAACAGUUCAGAAUGUCAUGCAGCAAUCACAAGAUCCCAAUAUUCAGCAACAGAUUGGCAUGCCACAGUCUGUAGUAAUGAAUCAUCCUCAGCAGCAAACCCUAAUCGCACAACAGCAAAAACAGCAAGCCAUGAUGGGCAUGAUUAGAGCUCAGCAGCAAGGCAUGAUGGCACAGAGGCCUGGGGCUUCCCCUGUACCGAUACGCACCCCUAUCAACCUCCAAAUCCAGGCUAUCAUUGCUCAAAAUCCACAGUUGCGCAGUCUUCCCCCAAACCAACAGCUACAGCACAUCCAAGCGAUGCUUGCCCAGAGGCAGCUCCACCAGGGACCAAUGAUGCGGAUGGCAAUGGGUCAAGGACAGCAAAGUCAGGUGAGACAUCACAUGUUACCAGGGCAAGUGCAACACGCUGGAAAGCCAAUGCCAAGAAUGGAAGGGCAACAUAUGCCAUAUGGAGCCGUGAAGCCUGGUAUGUGUACUCAGCAAUCAAGUGGUUCCCCUCAGUUUCAGCAGGGAAUGAUGGUCCCAGGACAAUCGCAACCACAAAUGGGAGAGGCAGUACAGCAUCAAGUUACAAGAGGACCGUUGCAAAUGCCGCGAUCGCCUAUGGACCACAGUCGUAUGAUCAGACCCACAUCUCCACGUCAGUCGCUACCUCCACAUCCUGGUGAUCUUAGACACCCACUGAACCAAGCUGUAGGGAUGCGUCCACCCACUCCUAACCAGCACCAGCAGCAGGCUUUAAUGGGUGCUGCAGCAGUCCGCAUGCAGGGAUCCCCUUCUCACGCAUAUUCUCCUAGAGGUCCUUUUGGCAUGAGCCCCACCCACCCCGCCUCCCCCCUGUCAUCGCAUGUUUCUUCACCUUCUUUAAUUGAUAAUAGAGCUGGAAGGGGAAGUCCAUACAGUCAGGUCAAGGCGUCUCCGCUUAGGUCACCAGGAACCAAGACUCCCCUUGACUGUCCUGGACUGAAAAUAGAAUCACAGACAUCGGUCAGUGAAACAUCUCCUACUAACCCAUUUGUUCCAAACGGACCUCGGACGGGAUUAAAUUUCCAGCAACAGUCACCGCAAGUUGCAGAAAGCCAUUACCCACUGCAGAGCUCUACAAAAGUGGAUCUAUGCAAGUUGACGGUGCAGAACAUUAAACAGGAGCCAAGGGAGGUCCAGUGUGAUGGUGCAGGAGAUGCCCAUUCUGGUGCUAUAAAGCGAGAAGCGACAGUAGACACAGUUUCUUCUGGGAGCAACUCAACAUUCAUUAACGCAGAUGAUACCAGAACUGAAACUGGACAACAAUUGUUGCAAAAACUCUUGAGAACGAAGAACCUUCAAAUUGCAACACAGAGGCCAUCUGAAGGCAUCCACAAUGAGAUCAAUGGCCACAUUAACAGCAAAUUGGCAAUGCUGGAACAAAAACUUCAAGGGACUCCGAGAAAUAUGGAGGAUUUGCACUCCAUAAGUAAGAGGGCUCCGACACAAAAGCCAAAGCGCACUAAUAAAGCACCCGGAGACCGGGGGCUGAACGCACGGAAGAAGACUAAGAAGGAAGAAGUUGGAAAAAGUACUGAAGCGCUUAUUAAGCAACUAAAACAGGGUCUGUCUCUGUUGCCCCUCAUGGAACCUUCCAUCACAGCUGGCUUGGAUCUGUUUGCCCCUUUUGGAAGCAGCCCAGCCAAUGGAAAAGCCCAACUCAAAGGAUCCUUUGGGAAUGCAAUGCUAGACAAUAUUCCAGACUAUUAUUCUCAGUUACUGACCAAGAGCAACCUCAGCAAUCCCCCGACACCUCCAUCUUCCUUGCCACCGACACCUCCUCCUUCUGUACAGCACAAACUGCUCAAUGGAGGGACUCCUGGGGAGGAACUUUCUCAGGGUCAGAAAAGUUUGGAGUCAAAAGCCACACGAAUAGAAGCGGUUACAGAGGAGACAAAGAGUGUAGACAUUCUUGCAGCGCUUCCCACUCCACCACAUAACCAAAAUGAAGACAUCAGGAUGGAGAGCGAUGAUGAGGACACUCCAGAAAGCAUCAUUCCGGCAUCCUCCCCCGAGAGCAACAUUGGGGAGGAAACUUCACGUUUCCCUCGCCUGCAGGAGCCAAAGGAAGAAGACACAGAGAGAGCAAUAUCGCCCAUAAUUCCCCUCAUUCCUCGCACGCCAAUCCCAGCAUUUUCAGAGAACAAACCCUUUGAAACAGCUGAUGGAGGAGUGGUUUCUAUGUCCAAUCACUGGGACAAGGCUAAAAAUAACGAAGUGGCUGUCACCUUCACGUUGUCCUCCAUGGCUGCCAAGAAACUUAACCAUGUGAUGAUGGCAAUGGCCCAGCUGCUCAAGAUAAGGAUGCCAGGUUCGUACGAGGUGACCUUCCCAUCCCAGAAUCCUGACAUGUCUGGAGUGGAGGAUUCCAGGAAAGGGUCUGUCCAGUCAGGUGCUCUCUGUCUAAAAGACAAUGCCUCAUCCAGUCAGGAUGAGUGGUUAAGGCAAUUUGAUGUUUCUCUGCCAGGCUGCACAUUAAAAAAACAAGUGGAUAUUUUGGCACUCAUAAAACAGGAAUUUCCAGAUAAUGAAGACAAAACUGUCCAGCACUGUUACACAACCAAUGUAAAUGACUUAGAUGUGCGGCACCUUCCGAUUAUGCCGGUGGAAGAAUCACCGCCUCCAUCACCAUCCCCCCCUCUCCCUUCCUCCCCAGCUCCACUUCCAAGUAAUGAGGCCGAUCCUUCCAAAAAGUCGUCCCCCUCCUCCCCUUUGCCUGCCAUGCCCACCAAUGUCCAGAUCAAGAUUGAGGCUGACUCGGACAUUGGUCCCCUUGCAGAACCGGUUGAGUCGAUUGCAUCGACAGCUGCUGCUCCAGAGAAGAGUUCUGAUCCAUCGUUUGAGCCCCCUGCUCCUGAAGAACAACUGAUUUUCUCUACCAAAAAGGAGGAAUCGGUCAGCGAUCCUCUAAUCUCGGAUUCUCCCAGCCCGAUGGAGUCUUCGCCGAAGGCCAUCAAGCAGCGCAGGCCUCUAUCCCCUGGCUUACUCCCCAAUGUGAAAAAAUGGAAAGGGAUUCGCUGGAAGCGCCUACAAAUUGUCAUUUCUAUACGAAAGGGCGGCUCUAAGAAGGAGAGCAGCCGUGAGGUCUCUGAGCUAAUGGAGCGCCUUCGCAUUACUCUACGACCUGAGAGAUUGCCACGGGAUAAACGCAAAUGCUGUUUCUGCCACGAAGAAGGUGACGGAGCCACGGACGGGCCUGCCCGCUUGCUUAACAUCGACGUGGACCUUUGGGUGCAUCUCAACUGCGCCCUGUGGUCUACCGAGGUAUACGAGACGCAGGGGGGUGCGCUUAUCAACGUGGAGGUGGCGCUGCGUCGGGGAUUGCGUACAAUGUGUGCGUGCUGUCAGAAGACGGGCGCCACCAACAGCUGCAAUCGGCUGCGCUGCCCAAAUGUCUACCACUUUGCCUGUGCUAUUCGCGCCCGCUGCAUGUUCUUCAAAGACAAAACCAUGUUGUGCACCCAACACAAACUGAAGGGCCCCAGUGAAGAGGAGCUCUGCUCUUUUGCCGUUUUACGGCGGGUCUACAUCGAGCGUGACGAGGUCAAGCAGAUAGCCAGCAUUUUGCAGCGAGGGGAUAGAGUCCAUCUUUUCCGCGUCGGCGGUCUCAUCUUUCAUGCCAUCGGGCAGUUGCUGCCCUCCCAAAUGGCCGUCUUUCACUCUCCUACGGCCAUCUUCCCUGUCGGCUAUGAGGCUACUCGCAUUUACUGGAGCACACGUGUGCCCAACAAGCGUUGUCGCUACCGUUGUCGCAUUAGCGAGGAUGAGGGCCGCCCCUUGUUUGAGGUGCGUGUUCUGGAACAUGGCAUGGAGGAUCUCCAGUAUCGUGAUGUAACGCCACAGGGAAUCUGGGAAGAUGUGGUUCACAAGGUUGCCAAACUCAGAGAUGAUUCGUCCAUGUUGAAGCUGUUUACAGAACAUGUCAAAGGAGAAGAGAUGUUCGGCCUCACAAUUCAUGCUGUCAUGCGCAUCACAGAGUCGUUGCCUGGGGUGGAAAACUGCCAGAACUACCAAUUCCGAUAUGGCCGCCAUCCUCUAAUGGAGCUCCCUCUCAUGAUAAAUCCCACCGGUUCUGCUCGCUCAGAGCCCAAAGUCCCCACACAGUGCAAGAGGCCUCACACCUUGAACAGCACCAGCGUGUCGAAGGCAUACCAGAGUACCUUCACUUGUGAAAUGAACACGCCGUACAGCAAGCAGUUUGUCCACUCCAAGUCGUCGCAAUAUCGCCGCCUGAAGACUGAGUGGAAAAACAACGUGUACCUGGCUCGCUCUCGAAUCCAAGGCCUGGGUCUGUAUGCUGCAAAAGAUCUAGAAAAGCACACCAUGGUCAUCGAAUACAUUGGCACUGUCAUACGAAAUGAGGUGGCAAACCGCCGGGAGAAGAUCUACGAGUUUCAGAAUCGUGGUAUCUACAUGUUCCGUAUCAACAAUGAGCAGGUGAUUGAUGCAACCCUGACUGGUGGUCCAGCUCGCUACGUCAACCACUCGUGCGCUCCCAACUGCGUCGCCGAGGUUGUGACCUUUGACAAAGAGGACAAGAUCAUCAUCAUAUCCAGCCGCAGGAUCCCCAAAGGAGAGGAGCUGACUUACGACUACCAGUUUGACUUUGAAGACGACCAGCACAAGAUCCCAUGCCACUGCGGCGCCUGGAAUUGUCGAAAGUGGAUGAACUGAGAAGGAAGGUGGAGCAUGGCCUCUAUUCUUCGCCAAAGCCUAUUCUUUUGUUUUGUUUUGUUUUAAACUUGACUUCGCCAGUGCAUAAGCUGCUCUCAUCCAAGUGGAGGAAGGCUGGCCUCCAUCUUGUAGCGUGUAGCCAAAGGUUUGACGAGCAUUAAUCAACACCAUCAUCACCUCUUUUGGUGGACACACGACAACCAUGGGACGCACCCAACACCCACUCCCUUUUUUUUUUUUUUUUUUUUUUUUUUUUGUGGCGUUGGCUCGGCCGGAAGCCUUUGUUUUUAACCAAUGGGAGCCACGUGUCCACUAGCACCAUGCAUCCCCAGAAAAAAGACAGCGAGUCAUUUUAAAAUACUACAAAUGACUACUCGUGAUUUUUCUUCAACUCGGACCUACAAGUACUUCUCUCUCACCUCCAAUAUAACAGGCACCCCCACCCAUCAAAUCAUCAUCAAUGAAGACAAUGCGGACGUUGGCUAGCAAGACAAUCUUGGUUGAAAAGAACUUUUAGGAGUCCUAAAAGGCUUGUUGGACCCGGUCUACCUCAUUGAGCGAAGCGGGAAGCGACCGCUUUGUAUAGAAAUCAGAAAAAAAAGACAAAAAAAAAACGAAACUGUUAACUGCUACUGUGGAAUUUGAGGGGGGCUGUCUUGGACAAGCAGGGAAUCUUAAGCAGCAGGUUUGCUCUGUUUAUUCUAUGCUGAUGAUCAUUUACAAUAUGGAGCCAAUCUGAUGAGGAUGAAGAUGAAUCCUGAUUUAUUUAUACAGAUGAACUAUAUGAGCGUUUUUGAUAAGAAUUCAAACAAAAAGGCAAUCAGAAGCUCAGCGUCGCCUCGUGACGCACGACUACUAAAACGCCCUUUUUCAAACGCGCUCGCUUUCUCUCUGUCGCAUUUAUUGGACAAAAUAUUUUACUGUAGUAGGUCUUCCUUUUUUUUCCCGAGCGCAGCCUGCCGUGUUUUUACUUCCCUUGAUGUACGUUUGUGUGCGCGAGUGUGUGCGUGCUUUUCUAGCAUCGGUACUGUCCCUCCAGGUUGAAUUGAUGGCAGGGAAAGACUGAUCGGAUAAAAGGGCAUUUGUUUCCUCGUCUACCUGAGAGUUAAAAGGAAUAAUACUUUAAAAAAAAAAAAAAAAAGGUCUUUAAAGGGAGCUUGAGUCAAACUUCCCACACUGCUAUGUUCCUCCUUUCCCAGAUAAACACCUAACACCUCACAGGAUUCAAAGAAAAAUGCAAACUUGUACAAAUGUAUAUAACGCUAUAUGCAUUCGGGGGCGUUGCGGCCCUUUGUAAUCAAUAAUGUGUAGAGAAAUCAAACAGAAGAAAAAAAAAACAACCACUGGAUAUCAUUUUAACAGCUGUACAUACGUAUAAAUAUAUGUAAAAUGGCAAACUAAUAUCUUUAUGUAUAUGAACCAGAGUGUUUUGUUUUUUUGCAUUAACCUGUUUUUCUAUUGGUGUUUUUUGCUAUAAGCUCUCAGAGACAACUUUGUCGAAAUGAAACGAUGCGGCGAGAAGAGAAGCCGAGAUUGUGACAUAAUGGAUCACACGGCAGUGCAUAGCAUUUGUAUUUAUGUGAUGUUUUAUGGGUUUUUUUGUAUUUAUGCUUACCAAAUCAUGUCCCUCGUCUGCCUCCAAUUUGAUGAAUAUACUCAUGAAUGGAAGCGGUUCUUCUUAGUGUCAUGCUUAUUUUGUAUCUUCCCUUUAGAAGUGAAUGUGUUGUGAAAUGCUUACGUGGAAUCAUCCCAAAAUCAGACCCGAUUUAACCUGGUAAUGAAUUGCACUCUCAUAAAACUAUCUAUCUAUAUAUAGUGGAGACGUUUGCUCAAGUAGUAGAUAUUGAUCCCAAGCAGUGAUUUUACUUGUUUUUGCUAUGUUUCUAUUUCAAGGGAAGACCAGAAUGAAUUCAACAUUUAAAAAAGCCUCUCACUGGACAUUUUUAACUUUCUGAAAUCUUAAAAGUUCUCUUAUCUUUUAAUUUAAGUUUGCUUAAAUUGAAGUUUCUUUUAAACCUCACCUACUUUUUCAAAAAAACAUCUUGCAUAUGUACAGCAACUUUUAGGGACAAAUAAAUAUAUUGACUUUUAUUGUAAGUGGCAUGUUUUGUAUGAAUAUUCUUUUGAAUUGUACAUAUUUUUGAAGGAAGCCAGAGGUUUCUUUAUAUCCAGCCCCCCCCCCUCCCCCCAACUCUCAUCUUAUGUCUUGAGUUUUCUUGUAAACAAAAAUAAAAAUGCAUUUUGAAUAUGUGCAUUUUUUUAAACCAAUUGUUUUGUGAAGAUCUUCAAUAUGGUCCAUUUAUAUGGAGAGUCAGGACAGGCAGUCAACAUCUCUUUGCCAUUGACAGCAAUAGACGUCCAACCCAUUUGGAUGAGGUAGUGAGAAUGGGUCGGUGGGGCAUAGACUUCAUAAUGAUAUUGGCGGGGCCGAUUAGUAGGGGGCUUGCAUUGUUGGCGUGGCCGUCAAAGCUGACCGAGUGGAAUCACAAAAAGCUUUUUUUCGUUGAAAAUUCUUGUGAAUAAAUGCUUAAAUCCCGGAAUUCUUUAUAGAUAUGGACUCAAAACCGUCUCGAUCAGACAUGUCCAAAGUCCGGCCCAGGGGCCAAAUGCAGCCCAUGGUCAAAUUUCAUCUGGCCCCCAGCCUCUGUCAUAAAAUCAAUACUGUCUGGCCUACACACAGACAUAAUUGCUCAGCAGUACUGCUACCAGUAAUGAAGUAGCUUAAACACUAAAUGCUGCUCCUCAUUUACCCACUAAAAGGCAGAAGCACUCUAAGCAACAUUACCCUGUGUGACCCUUCCAAUUUUCUAAAAUGGCGACAACAAAAAGAAAGUUGACUGCAACAGCCGACACUUCAAGGAUAGGUGGAAAUUGGACUAUUUCUUCACUAAAAUACGCAACAACUGUGUCUGCCUCAUUUUCAAAGAGUUCAAUGUGAGGCGAUAUUACCAAACAAGACACGCUGACAUGUACGACAAGAUUACAGGGAAGAUAGGCAGCGAGAAAUUGAAGCUAGUUUAAAUUUCACAGCAGCAGUAUUUCGCAAGAGCCCGAGAGUCGAAAGAGAACGCCACAAAGGCUAGUUGCGAGAUUGUUGAAAUUAUUAAUUAAAAAAAAAUAAUAAAACAAAUGUGACACACAGAAUGGCUUGCUAAAAUUUGCUUAAAUAAAUUGUUCUAAGUAAAGGAUGUCAGCCAAGGUCGGCCCCCCAUUUUUACCACACCAAAUCUGGUCCCCAGUUGGGACACUCGUGGUCUAGAUUAUUGGAUUAAAGCAAAAAAAAAAAAACUUGGUUAGCAUUUAUUCUACGCAAAUAUGUCAAAGUACGACGCUAGUCUUAGUCAAUGUGGCGUCUGCCUAAUGUAAACAGCUUUUCUGGUGAAAAUUCUUGUGAAUAAAUGCUUAAAUCCCUGAAUUCUUUAUAAAUAUGGACAAAAAAAGUCUCGAUUCUUGGUUAAAAGUAAAAAAAAAAAAAAAAAAGUGCACUUAGCAUUCAUUUUACGUAAAUAUGUCGAAGUACGACGCUUGUCAAUGUGGUGGCCGCCUUAUGUAAACAGCUUUUCUGGUGAAAAUUCUUGUGAAUAAAUGCUUAAAUCCCUGAAUUCUGUAUACAUAUGGACAUAAAACUGUCUCUAUUCUUGGUUAAGAGUAUUAAAAAAAAUUUUUUUAAUGUGCACUCAGCAUUCAUUUUAUGUAAAUAUUUCGAAGUACGAUGUUAGUCAAUGUGGCGGCCGCCUUAUGUAAACUGAGCUUUUCCGGUGAAAAUUCUUUUGAAUAAAUGCUUAAAUCCCCAAAUGUUUUUUACAGAUUUAAACGUAAAACAGUCUCGAUUUUUUUGUUAAAAGAGCAAAACACCGGGCGGUUAGCAUUUAUUUUAGGUAAAUAUGUCGAAGAAUGAUGCUACUGUUAGAUAAUGUGGCAGCAGCCUUACAACAAAGAGCUUUUUACUAGAGAUGUCCCGAUCGAUCGGGUCCGAUCACGUCAUUUUCAAAGUAUCGGAAUCGGCAAAAAAAUAUCGGACAUGCCUUUUUUUAAUAUAUAUAUAUAUUUUAAUUAGUUUUCUAAUUGUGUUUAACAUUACAGACAUAAUAUGUUACACUCAUCCAGAGUCUUUAGUUUAGGCUUAAGGUAGGGUUAUCAAGUUUAUCCCAAUAACGGCGGUAAUUAUUUUUUUAAAAAAUGCAUCACGUUAAAAUAUUUAAUGCAAUUAAUGCAUGCGCUGCACGACUCACUCACGCAUUGUCGCGCUCAAUCUGUAAUGGCGCCGUUUUACCUAUAUAGAGAGCUAAAAGUCAGCGUAAAAUGAGUAGAGUGAAUUUUAGCAGCCUUUUUUUAAUUGGCUAAAGCCUUACAAUUCCUCUCCCUACGAUUAGAAAUAUUGUGGGAAGCAAGGUGAAGCAAGGCGGUAAUUGAUCUUUUUCUUAACACCCUAUGUUAUUUCCCAACGCAGAGAAGAUAUAUCAAUUGGAAGCACUACGCACAGUCAUGGUUCCACUUCCCAUCAUGCAUUUGGGCAUGUCUACAGUAUCAUUUACUGAAAGCUCAACAAAUACACUAGAUGGCAAUAUUUAGUCACAUUUGUCCUUUAAGAAUUACAAGUCUUUCUAUCCGUGGAUCCCUCUCACAGAAAGAAUGUUAAUAAUGUAAAUGCCAUCUUGAGGAUUUAUUGUCAUAACAAAUACAGUACUUAUGUACUGUAUGUUGAAUGUAUAUAUUCGUCCGAGUUUUAUUAAUUUUUUUCUUAAUGCACUGCCAAAAUGUAUAUGAUCGGGAAAAAUUAUCGGGAAUGAUUGGAAUUGAAUCGGGAGCAAAAAAAGCAAUCGGAUCGGGAAAUAUCGGGAUCGGAUCGGGAGCAAAAAAACAUGAUCGGAACAACCCUACUUUUUACGUUGGAAAAAUAUAAUUACCUUGAAUCCUCGAAUAAAUCACUCCUGAGACAAUCCUUUGUUAGUAUGCAGCUUUUUCAGCCUAAAUCCGGCGUAGGAUCGCUGCGAAUAAGCGGAUUGUGGGAUGGCCCCCUACUUUAAGACGUGGCACAGUGAAGGUGGAAUCUGACCCGUCAAUAUCAUUAAGAAGUCUACGGGUGGGGGAAAAAAAGCCAGUCACUUAAGAAAAAGAAUUUAUUGUAUAGUAUCUAUAUACACUAAAUCCUGAAAACAUAUGCACGACAUGGAUUUUUCUAUUUUGAAAUAUACAUGGUCUGGAUGUCUAAUGGCUGUGUAUCAAUGGCAACAACAACAACAAAAAAACGGUGGUUGUAGUUUUUGGACAAUUUACACCUGCUGUGUUUGACUCCGCGACUGCAUGCAUGACAAACGUGAAACGCAAACAUGAAUCCGCGGAUUCCUGAUUAGAACUAAACAAAUGCAAAACAUGCAGUUUGACUUUGGCGGUUGUUCCAGGAACUACUCAUGACAUCAUGCUUGACCUUUGCAAUCAGACUGGUUCCAGAAGUCAGAGUCACUCCCAAAAAUAUUCCAGUGUUAGUGAAAGUUGUUUGGGUUCAAAUAGGAAACCCGCAAACACGUGGGAUCAGUAGUACCAACAAAUAGAGGGAGGAGGUUGGAAAAAUGAAAGUAAUCCAGCAGAUUCAUUUCAAACAAAAUUUUAGUUGAGGAAUAAAAAAAAAAAAAAGUACCAUCACUUUUCACAUUGGUACUUACAGAUGAGUUAAUUAAAACGGAACAAAAAAAAAAAAAAGGUACC